AUGAGAGUAGUCUUCUACACCCUUGGUAACAGCUUCCCUGACCGACCAUUCUUCAAUCUACGCACCGACGUCUACUCCUGGAUGGUCGAUCACUGGGACUCUCUGUGUGAGCCAUCCAAAGACAAGAUACAUAAUUGGAGGAAGCAGGUACAGGACAUGCUCAGUCACAGUAAGAAUCUGUUUGAGUCUGGAACGGACCAUUAUAAACAGAAUGGGUUCUGGAGAUUGAAGCCAUCAAUUGAUAUUGAUCCGUGGACCAUCAGAAAACCACAACGAGACAAGUCAAAAGUAGCCACGCCCAUCAAGAAAUCUAGAUCACAUUCCGAGAGUGAUCUCUACGGAGCCAAGAGACUGCGAUUUGACUCAAUCUUUGAAGAGGAUGAAGAUGGACUUGAAGACUUGGACAUUAAGGACUACUUGUUGGAGAAUGAUACAGAGUUGAUCAAGGAGGUGGAGAGCAUCAAUAAUGAGAUCAACUACAUACUUAACAAGGUCAAGGAAUUGAAUGCUUGUCUGGCGUCAACAAAACAUCGCCAAUACAAUAGUUGUUCACAAGGGAAAUCAAUUGAUUUCCAACUCCUCUCGCCAACUACUGUCGCGGCCGCCACAUCCUACCACCUGUUACCGGCCACUGCUGCAAUGUCUAUGUCCAUGUCCAUGUGUGCACCAGGUCCAGACAUCAAGUACCAAUUCUCACACAUCAUUGACAAUGAGAGGAUUGCCUGUACAGACUAUGUAAAGUUCUUCUGA